AUGCUAUCACCAACAUCAAGUGCUAAGAAACCCAAAAUCAAUGGGAAAGAUCUGGCAGAAAAUAAUAUCUUCUUCUUUAGCCAGGUCCACCUUCCUGACGAGCUACCAGAAUGGCUCCAGCCAAUUUACCAGCUUCUUAUUCGCCGGCGGACAAAAAUUCCUUGCAACACUGAAUACGACUUUGAGGGCGAUGCUACAUAUAUCCUUGAUUUGGACAAGACCAAAAAGUACAAAACCAUGACCAAUAGUACUCUGUCAUCCAACAGUUCUGUCGAUAGGUGGGACUUGCAACCUAACGAGAAGGAUUUUGAGACUGCACCUUCACGGAGACAGAGUCUUAAAAAAGCUGAUACUGCCAUUUCGAAGUUAUCGCAUGAAUUGGAAACUUGCCUUGGAAUCUCAGAAGAAUUCGUCGAGUUACGCCAAAAGAAAGCACAGGAGCGCGAUUGGCAAAACGUAUUGCAGACACAUAUUUUCACUGACUAUCAGAGAGGGAACGAUAGCUCUGACUCUUUCAAGUGA